AUGCUGCGACCUCAACCCGCCCGAUGUUGGCGCUUCCUGCGACAUCCCCAUCCCCAUCCCGCAAACACUCCUCAGCUGCGACCGCAUUCAUCCCAGCCCCGGCAUUCUCCCAGUCCACCACCAUGGCGGCCCGUCUCCGCCUUGGAUGAAUGGGUGGAACGCGAUAUCCGACCGAUCAGUUUACGGCAGCUGACCUUUUUCGGACGAACCCUGACGGAACCCCGACUGAUAAGCUCUGCGAAUUAUGUGCGGACGGAGCUUCCAACUAGACUAGCCCACCGGCUGCGCGAUAUCCAGAAACUACCCUACGUGGUGGUCGCGAACCAUCACCUCUCCCUUGUAUAUGAACUCUACUAUAAAGCGUUUGAGCGAUUCCGGCGAAUCCCCGAGAUAAAGACCCUGGAAGACAAUGAAAGAUUUUGCGAUAUACUUCGAAAGACCUUGAAGGAACACCUCGUUGUGAUUCCCAAGUUGGCCAUGGGGGUCUUGGAGUGUCGGGACCUGUUGCCCCCCGAUAUCAUGGAUUUAUUUAUGAAUACUCUCCUGCGCGCGCGUAUCUCGCGCCGCGUCAUCGCCGAGCAACACUUGGCAUUAACGGAAACCUUCAACUCUCCCUGGCACUUCCCCCACUCGCAGGAUCGCAGCGACGCGAACGCUGAUUUUGUCGGAGAGGUGUUCCUGAAAUGCAACGCGAAAGAGGUGAUCGAGCGCUGCGGGAAGCUGGCGCAGGAUACCAUGCGACAGGAUUCCGAGUCGGAUAAAAUUCCCGAGAUCAACGUGCAGGGACACUUGGAUGCCACCUUCCCAUACAUGCUGAGCCAUUUGGAAUACAUCAUCGGUGAGCUACUGCGAAACUCAAUGCAGGCCGUCGGCGAAAAAUACCACGGAUCGUCGCAGCCCCCGCCCCCGAUUGACGUGCUCAUCUGCGAAGCGCCGCAGCAUGUCAUCAUGCGGAUAUCUGACCAGGGCGGGGGGAUUCCUCGAGAGAUUCUUCCCUACCUCUGGUCAUUCAACAAAGGCCCUCACAGCAAUGACCGGCUCCAAAAUCUGGGACAAGUGCCGGCCAUGGCCGCCACCAUGCAAGAGCUGACGGUGCCCAAGGAAAGGAAGCGGGCCGACAAAGAAACAUUCCGCGAAGGCUCGCUUGAUACGCUCACCUCGCGGCCACCUAAUCUCCGACUAGGCAUGGGGCUCCCUAUGAGUCGGGUGUAUGCCGAAUACUGGGCCGGGAGCCUCGAGUUGCACAGCCUAGAAGGAUACGGCGUGGACGCAUUCCUGCAGAUUUCGAAGCUCGGCAACAAGAACGAGCAGGUGACGACGAGAGCAUCGAUCGAUGCCGUGUGA